AUGAAGCACCGCGACUCCAUCCCUGACAACAGUAAAGACGACGACAUCACCCCCGAAACAAUCGCCCACCUCAUCAAACUCGCCCACUUCCACAAACCCUCCGACCCCAAAAUCCUCCACCAACUCGAACGCGACGUCAGACGGAUGCGGAAUUUUUUGGAUUACAUCCAGUCCUGCGAUACCCAGAUAUUGUCUUCUGCAGCGGAUUACUCAAAACCGUUGGAGAAUUUGAGGUCUUUGGUGGAUGAUGGUGCCGGGCUGCGCUUACGUCCUACUCCUACGGCGACGGAAGUGACUUCAGAAGGCGGUGACAGGGAACAGGAGCGCAAAGGAGCAGAACGACGCGAUAUGCUUCUUGAACGGUCUAAACGCGUCAAAGGCAACUUUUUUGCCGUCGGUGCAGAACUGGACCCCAAAGUCGAGAACUGA